UAUUGUUGAUUGUUACUUCAUCUUUGUUUUGUUUUGCUUCCCUACCCUUGCCUGCUCUGUAAAAGAAGCAAAUCUCUGGUUGCUAGCUGUUGUAAGCUAACUUCUCCUCGUCCAUGGCGUUCGCCACAAUAAAUCUCAACGUGGACGUCAACAGUUGCCUAGGCGGACUGUGGGCAUCGCUGCGACUGGGCAGGCCAAAAUCUGGCAUCCAGAAGUUGGAAAAGGAAAUGACAAGAUUGAGAGGUAAAAGGGACGACAUCAAGAACCAGAUCGAAGAGGCGGAGCGUGAAGGGAAAAUUCCGACCAACGAAGCGAGCCAGUGGCUACGGGACGUGGAGGAAUUGGAAGGCCAACUGGCUGUUAUCAAGCAGGAUUUCCAAAGCAUGAGUUGCUUCAGUUGCAAUUGCUUCAAUCAAACUGGCGGCACAUCGAGCCAAACACAGGAGGAAGCAGGAGAUCAGCUCUCUAUCAGAGAGUCAUCAAAUUGCUGCUCCAUCAUUCGAAGAGUGGCAAAAAAGCUCAGCGAGGCUAAUGAAUUGAUGAGCAGAGCUGGUGCACUGGAUCCGAUUAUCACAGUUCGGCCUCCGGGACCCACCGCGAUGCUUUCCAUCUCACAUCGACCACCUGUCGGGAUUGAGUCGUACGUGGGGGACAUUGUGGGCUACAUCGAUGGUGGAGAAGGCAACAUCAUAGGCAUUUACGGAAUGGGUGGUGUCGGUAAGACCACCAUUUUGAACAGAAUCCAGCAACACUAUCUUCCUAAGCACACCAUAUUUGAUCGUGUGAUUUGGGCUGUGGCCUCCAAAGACUGCCAAUUGAAAAGGCUCCAGAUGAAUAUUGCUAAGAGUCUAGGACUACAGACAUUGCAGGAGAAUGACGAUGAACAAACUUGUGGUGAUAAGCUGUUUAGCUACUUGAAGAACAGGAGCUGCUUGCUGCUUCUCGACGACAUUUGGGAACAUAUGAAAAGUGUUCAACUGUUGGGGAUGGCACACUCGGCUACUGAACCAGGCCAGCAGCAACCGCGCAAAGUCAUGGUGUUCACGACCCGCAGCGAGACAGUGUGUGCACAAAUGAAAGCAGGAAAGAAGAUCAAAGUCAGAUGUCUGGAUUCAGAACAAGCAUGGCAACUCUUUGAGCAGAACAGCGAUGAGGAUGUUCUUAGCUCAGAUGCAGGAAUUAAGUUCGUUGCUGAAGAACUUGCUAAAGAAUGUGCAGGUCUUCCGCUCGCUCUUGUCACCGUCGCCCGGGCCAUGUCUGGGAAAAGGUCUUGGGAAGCUUGGAGCGAUGCUCUCCAUCAAAUAAGGGAUGAACAUCAGUGGAAAACCGUAUGUCUUCCUGAAGAUUCACUCGUCAUGUAUAAAGCCUUCAAGCUGAGCUACGACAGUUUAGAGAAUGACUCCAUAAGAGAAUGCCUCUUGUGCUGCGCUUUGUGGCCCGAAGAUUAUGAGAUCAACACAUUCGAUCAGUUGAUACCGUGUUGGAUAGGUUGCGGCAUAAUCCAUGAAUUUAAUCUGAUCAAUGAAGCUUUCGCCAAAGGAUACUCCCAUUUGGAAACGCUCGUGGCUGCAUCCUUGCUAGAGCAACAUAGCCCCAUGUUCUUUAGUUCUAUGGACAUAGAUGUAAAGAUGCAUGAUGUCAUUCGAGACAUGGCACUGUUGAUGGUCUCUGGGUCGGAGGGGAACAAAAGAAAAUGGAUUGUAAGAGCAGGAAUUGGGUUUAGUGAUUUGCCUAGACAAGAAGAAUGGCAAGAAGCAGAGCGAGCAUCAUUCAUGUGCAAUAAGAUUACUUCUUGACAAGAGUAUGGAGCUUUCACUUUUUCAAAACUUUCUAUGUUGAUUCUAUGUGGCAACAAAAUAUGCCUGGGAACAAUUCCUCCAAGUUUGUUCGCAAGUAUGCCUCAUUUAACAUACUUGGAUCUCAAUAGAUGUGAUAUAAUUGAGCUUCCUAUGGAGAUUUGUAGCUUAACUAAGCUUCAAUAUUUAGACUUGUCCUACAAUCCUAUUACAAGACUGCCGGUCGAGUUUGGUUGCCUCGGCAAAUUAGAGUACUUGUUUCUAAACAAUACUAGAAUUAUGACGGUAUCCUAUGGGACGAUAUUUACUUUGUCAAUGCUCAAGUGGCUGAAUAUAACUUCCAGUUAUCCUAUAACCGAGUCUUGGUGGGAUGAGCUGAGGUGUUUCAAAGGACGCCACCAAUUAAGUGUGGAAAUUCACAUUGACGCUACAAGAGAUAACAUUGAGCGACUCAACAUGUUACCAUUAAAUGUCUCCAUAUGGACACUCAAUUUGAAUGGGAAGUAUAUUUCAAAACUUCCAAACUACGAUCUGGACACUCCACAUUGGGGCAGCAGGGUAGGUGACAACCUUGAGUUUCUGAUCAUUAGAGAUCUCAAAUUAGACAGAUUAGUGUUGUCCGCAGGUGUGGGUCGCGAAUCAUGUUUUGGAUGUUUAAAGAUUCUCUAUUUAUUUGAACUAGAACUAUUGACAAAGAUUUCAUUGAAUAGAGUUCGGCUCAGCAACCUUCGUGAACUAAUUAUUUGGGGAUGCCCUAUGCUGAAGGAUGUUUCUUGGGUUCUCCAACUGCCAUGCCUUAAACGUCUAGAGAUACGCAAUUGUGAAGAAAUGAAAGGACUAAUAAGUGGGGGAGGGAACUCCAAUUCCAUCUCUAGCUCUGGCUGUAGCAUACAGAGCUUGAUUUUGGGCCGCAUGCGGAACCUCCAUCGCAUUGCAAAUAGACCGCUCCAUUUUUCCUACUUGGAAUAUAUACGUGUAUCGGGUUGCCCAAGGCUCAAAAAAUUACCAUUUGGAGUCGAAAUAUUGAAUGAUAGAUUAAAAAGGAUUGAGGGUGCUGACAAUUGGUGGAACAACUUGGAAUGGGAUGACGAGAACAUUAAGAAUUCCUUCACCCGUUAUUUUAGGUCUUCUUGAUUUUUGACCAAUGUCAAAAUGAAGCAUCGACCUUUUGGUUAAGGAGGCUAUAGAAUUUGAUGGUCAAAUUGUUGAAUUCUUUGAUUGUUUCCAUAUGUAUCUAAAUUUGAUUGAUGAUUCCUAAAUACUUAAUUGGACAUCUCCUUAGUGUUUUAAAAUUUGAUUCUUCUUGAUUUUACUUUAUCAUGAAGUAUUUGAUUUCAUAUAAUGUUACAGUUUUAAUUUUG